AUGCGAACAUUAGUGUCUGUAACAAAUCUAGUGGGUUGUACCUGUCAUUUAAUUUUGCAGUGUGCUGCUGAUUUUGGAGGUCCAAGAAAGGAAUUCUUCUCACUUGUCCUGCAGUGCAUUAAGGAAGAAUACUUCGAGCCAGUGAGAGAGUGGUCAGAUGACUAUGAAGCUGUUGGCAGAAUAUUGGCUCUGAGCACUCUUCAAAACGGAAGAUUACCUAGAAUUAUGUCAGCAGAGGUAGUGGAGAAAGUAUUCAAUCAAGUGCUGCCUGUAGACAAGUACAUCCAGGACCUAAGAAAAGGUCUUGACAGUCUUGGUCUUGUUCAGCUUGUUCAAGAACUGCCAGCUGUUAUUCACCUGUUCACACCUCAACAGUCGAAUCCUUUAACGUUGAAGAUGUUGACACACCUAUUGAAGCCACAGUUUAGUGCUGAAGGGUCAAACAGAAGACAGAGAGAGAAUUCCACAUACACGUUGUUCAUCAAAUACAUGCGUGAAGCUGCAAGUGGAAGAAGAGGUGCUGUAAAUCUUGGGAGCAUAUUAAGGUUUGCCACUGGUACAGAGGAGGAACCUGUCUUGGGCUUUGCUCUUCAGCCUUCCAUUCAAUUUAUGGAAAGUGCUAAUUUCCUGCCCACUGCAAAUACCUGCAUAAACAGAAUGAAUUUAUCAUUGCCAGAUGAAAGUAAUCCACUACCACUGCAAGAGGAACUGUUCAAUUUGUUUGAUCUAGCAUUUUGUAACACAUUCUUUGGUUUGGAAUAA